AUGAAUGAGACAGCUACCACAAAAUUAAGUUAUUGGGCUUGUGACCAAUGUCAACGUCAUUUAAAGCACGGAGAGUUUCGUUUCAAUUGUACUAUUUGUGAAAAUUAUGAUUUAUGUGAACAAUGUUUAGCAACACUUGAUCCACCGCAUCCUCAUCGAAUGAUGCGUGAACUAGCACACGGACAAGAAGAAACAGUCGAGUUUGAUCAAAAUAAAAAUAUGGCAAAUGGAAUUCAAACAGCUAUAGCCAUGUAUCAUGAUCGGUAUUGCUUAGGUGUACGAGAUAUCGACAAAACUAAUCCUUCACUAUAUGCAGAUACAUACUCUUGGUUAACAUUUGAAUUAGUGGGUACUCGAGCGAAGAAUUUUGGUCAAGGAUUAAGAAAAAUAAUUGAACCACGCCGUUAUCUUGGUAUCUGUUCAGAAAAUCGACCUGAAUGGGUAAUUACAGAUUUUGCAUGUAUUUUUCAGAGUAUUAUCAGUGUGCCAAUGUAUUGUUUGUUCAAUGAUUGCGAACUUGUUUAUGUUAUCAAGAAUGCACAAGUAUCAGUAGUUGUUUGCGAUAUAAAGAUGUUAUCAAAAUUUGUUCGCUUGUCUACAGAGUGUCCAUCGCUUGAUCAUAUUAUAUGUAUGGAUCCGAUUUCCGAAACAAUACUAAGUAAAUAUUAA